UCCGCUUUGUUUACUUCAGUGAGCGUUGAGCUAGUGCCAGGUGAGGUGUGUGCCGGGUGUGCCGGGCCGCAACAUGUGAGUGCUCCCUCAGAUAGGUUGUAGAGUCUCAUCAUGCCCUCACCAGUGUCUUCUUGGUGAAGGAUGAGGAAGUGGGUAGCGUCAUGAGUGUGUUUAGUGAGUUCCAUAAGGCGUGGCGUGCCAGGUUCCCCGGGAAUGAUCUGCCGGCGGCAUGGGAGGAGGAUGUUCGUGCUAACUUGGCCAAGCAUCGCUCGCGAGUUGCUGUCUUAAAGGAAGAGCUGGAGAAGGAACAGUUUUAUGUCGAGUAUUUAGAGUGCCUCUUGAAUGAUGUUCAGCGUCAGCAGAUGCAGACAGGCGAGUUUGAGGAGUUGGAGAGGGAGAUAGUGCAGGAGGAAGAGAGAGGCGAGGGUGAGGGGAGUGAAGGGGCGGCCCCGAUGUGCUCAGGUGGGAUUGACUCUGCUGUGACUCAGGCAAUCAACACCAUGAUGGUGCAGCGCCACCACCAUCACCACCCCGCGCGGGACCUGGCCUCCCCCGUCCAAGAACUGGAAUCUCCAGAAGAAAGGUCAAAUGAGGACCCGCAAUCCCCCCUUAAAGUGGAGGGUCCCAGGUCAGCACCGCUCUCAGACGAAGAUGACGGUCCCUUGGCGCCUAUAACCCCCCUGGCUGCCCCUCCUCCCGCUGGGGGCAGCUCUGUGAGGGACCUCGCCCGUCGCUUUACAACCUCAGCAGGCUACCCCGGUAUAGCAGGCCGGCCCCCAGCUUACAACCGUUCCACUUCAGUCCCCGCCACAACCUCCGGCGGCGUACUGGGGAAGGAGUCGCAGUUCGUCACUGUCAUAUCUGUCAACGGUGCCGGCCAAGGGGAGGACGCUCGUGGACGGAAGGUUCCACCUGCCCCGCCGCCCAAGACCUUCCGGCGAUCUACUGGUGCAGACGGCGAAGCCGAGGCCAAGACUGCCACUACGCCAUCUUCCCCAGGAGCCUCUCGUCCUCCCCACGCUAUCCCACGCUCUCCCCAGCGCCCCCGUCACCCGUCCCCCGGCAGGGACUCUCAGAGCAGCGCCGCCCCAACGAAGGCGCCGCUGCAGAAGACACUCUCUGCUUCAAGUGACGGGCGCCCCGCCACCCGCGACCUGCACAGGUUACCUCAGGGUAACCGGGAAAUGCAAAAGUCUCCCACUAACCCCAAAGAGCUACAGAAGUCUCCGUCGAGCGCAUCUUCCACGGGCAGCUUAGGCACGAAAUGUGUCUCCAAGUCGUCGUCGAGUGCGUCCUCAUGUGGGGGCGCACCCUCCCGACGCAUUGGCCUCAGUAAGACCUCAUCACUCUCGUCCUCAAGGUGUGGCGAAGACGACGACGAGGUUGGCGGAGGGUCAGCUUCAGGAGCCUCUCUCGAGAAUCUAACCGACGACGAGCCGCUGUACGACACGGUCGCCCCCGACGAAGACGACGACACGGGUGAGUACGUCCUACUCUCCGACAAGAGCUCUGAGUACAACGGCACGGACACUCUCAAGUCGGCAGCAUCUGGGGCGUCCAGCGAGGGUGGCCUCAGCAAGUCUGGAGGUGGAGCGUCGUCGGGAGCCACGCCCUCAGGAGGCUCGCCGGCCCCCGACCACCCUCCCGACUCCCCCAAAUACUCCAACUACGUCAACAUCGACUUCUUUCUCAAAAAGAAGAGGGCUACAGGUGGCCAGGUUGAGCGGAGUGAGAGUGUGGAGUCAGACGAGGAGGAGACGCCCUGCCUCCUGCGCUCCCUCUCCUCCGACCAUGAAGACGACAUCAGAGACGAACCCCUCGACAUCGACUCAGGGGUGUAUGGGAGCAGCGUCGAGUCGACGAGUCACAUGCCGUCAGCGCCGCCCACGCCGCCCACAGCCUCCAGAUGGGCGUCGUCGGGAGAGCUGCCGGAGACGCCAGCCCCGCCCACGCCAGACCCGGCCGCCGAGGCGGAGAGACUUACUAUGUAUCGCUGUAUUAUCUCCUCUAUCGUCGAGUCGGAGACCAUCUACCUUGAGUGUCUCGACGUUGUCCUCCAGUAUAUGAAAGCCCUGAAGGCAACGCUGACGACGUCUCAGCCCGUGAUCUCACCAGACGACUUCUCUACGGUGUUUUACCGGAUAACAGAACUACACGCGGCCCACAGCGAGUUCCUGGAGGGUCUCAAGGAACACUCCACUCAGUGGGAUGGCACUAGUACCAUUGGCGAGCUCUUCAGAGUCCUUGCAAGUAAACUGGAUGUUUAUGCAUCAUUUCUGCAAAACUACCCCCGUGCUGUGGAGACCGUGCGACGGUGCAGCACACAGAGUCCACAGUUUGCAGACAUCACUCGGUCUAUCAAGCUACGCUUCCUACAGGGCCAAGCACAAUCCCUAGAGGAUCUUCUCCAUAGACCUGUCGCCCGUGUGCAAAAAAAUGCUCUAGUCCUUCAUGACUUGCUCAAGUAUACACCUGACUAUCACCCAGACCACGAGACACUACGUGAAGCCCUCAGACUCACCCAGAACUUUCUCACUCACCUCUCCAUGAUACACACUGAAGCCAUGUUUCCAGCUACAGAUCGUCCUCAGCGACAUCUAGUUCGCAAUUCCUUCAUUGUUGAGCUGGUGGAAGGUCAUCGGAAACUAAGACAUCUCUUCCUUUUCAACGAUGUUAUUGUGUGUGCAAAGUACAAACCAACUGGUAGAUCAGAGAAGUUUACUUUUGAGGUCAAGUGGUACAUUAGUCUCCAUGACAUAGCUGUGUUGAACGACAGUGGACCUGAGACUCUCAAGGAGUCAAAUCCACCAAACUUAGUGUCUCUCAAAUCUCAAGCCUCAACGGUACGAGAUCAGCUGAGAAGAGUGGAUAAUGCAGGUGAUAAAGGGGCUAGUCGCAUGAAUGCAGUUCGAAAUGAGAAACAGAGAAAGAAGUUGGCAGAGUUGGAAGCUCAGCUGGUUUUGGCUUCACCCAACCUGCCCUUUAGAAUAUCCAAAAGAGCUGGCUCAGUGCACACAUUCCUGAUUUCAUCUGAAUAUGAACGAGAUCAAUGGGGUGAAGCUAUCCAAGUACUACAGGCAAACACACCAGGAGUUGGUGGAAGUUCUCUCACCCUGCAGGAGCUGCAGCAGUGGAUUACAUCUUGCCGGUCCUUCUUAAAGACUAACAUGGGCUCAUUCUUGCUCAAAUCUGGCCGAGAUGAUUCUUUACUGCUCGGUGAUCUGCACAUUGUGGUGUCUAGUCUACACGGUCUCACUAGUUCUGCAAAUAUGUACGUGUGUUUUGAAGUAGACUCAUACGGGCACUUUUUCCGUAAAGCUAAAACAAAGAUCACUGAAGGUGUAGAGCCUCACUGGAAUCAAGAUUUCAUCAUUGAGCUUGAAGGUUCACAAACUCUCCGUAUUCUGUGUUAUGAGGAUCAUCCAAAGCUGGGAACACAACUGAGGGGGAAGACUCACCUGGAGCUUUCACGAUCUUGGUUGAAUAGCACUUUAACCGAGCGACGUGUGAGCCUGCAGGAUCUGGUGUUAGUUGUAAUCCUCAAGUUUUUGCCCCCUGAGGCAACACUUAGAAGAGUGCCCACUGGCAAGUCCUCGGGCCUCUUUGGUGCCAACAUUGCUGUUGUCUGCAGACGAGAGAAAAGAAGUGUUCCGUUUAUUGUAACUCGGUGUGUUCGAGAAGUUGAGAGACGAGGAAUGCAAGAGGUUGGAAUUUAUCGAGUGUCUGGCCUAGCAUCUGAUAUAACAAAACUCAAGAAAUCUUUUGAGUCAAAUCCCUAUGAAGCAGAACAGCUUGUCAAAGAAGUGGAUAUUCAUUCUGUGACGGGACUGCUAAAGCUUUUCCUGCGGGAACUUCCUGAAGCACUCUAUACGAGUGAAUUAUACCCACGAUUUUUCGAGGCCUAUAGUGCUACAGAUACAGAAUACAGGAAGACCACAUUGCUCAAACUCUUUUCAUCGCUCCCUCAAUUAAAUCAGUCUAUUAUAGCAUAUCUCCUAGAACAUUUAGUCAAAAUUCAUGAAAUGGAGCAUCUAAACAAAAUGUCACUGCACAACUUGGCAACAGUAUUUGGUCCUACACUCUUGCGACCUGGAGCUAAGGCUGGCAAUCCAUCUCCAGCAGAAAAGUUGGCAGCGGGCACUGUUGAUGUCAUGGCUCAGGCAGGAAUUCUCCACUUCUUCCUCACACGCCGUGCAAAUGGCGAACCGAUACAGGUUGUUAGUCAGUGAAUAAUUUAUAGUGUUGUAUAUGGUUCUAUAUAAGACUGAGCGGUGUUCAUGUCGUGCUGUUUUGUAGUACUGUCACCUUUUAAGUCCAAAGGUUGGAGAAAAUAUCUUAUAUAUGGGAAAUAAUAUAUACAUUGUGUAUUUAUUUGACUGCUGCAUCCAGUGUUGUAUUACAUUUUUUUUACAUCCAGUGUUGUAUUACAUUUUUUUUACAUCCAGUGUUGUAUUACAUUUUUUUUACAUCCAGUGUUGUAUUACAUUUUUUACUUCAAAUACACUAAUGAAUACAUGAGAGAAUUAUUAGAUGUGCACAACCCUUAUUUCUCAAAUUUGAAGAGAAUUAUUUUUUCAUAGACACCCAGAAAGUGUGAUCUCAUUGUAUAGCACAUGAAAACUUAGAUUAUAUUAUAUAUAUUGUAGAAGACUAGAACUUCAUGUUACAUUGUUCUGAGUAUAUGCCAAAAUCUGUUUCAUUCAGCUAUUACAAAGAGAUUAGUUGUACCUCCCAGAACAAUUUUAUUGUUUCUUUUCAUCUAUGUUAGGUCACAGGAUAGGUAAUCAAAAAGGUGUGAUUGUGUUUGUUAACAAGCCUUAGUAAAUUUGAAUGUUGUACUGUAUUAGGAAGCUGUGUCAGGAGAACAACUCGCAGCCGAGUAUGUCAGCAAAUGACUUUGUGUUGAGUAAACAAAGUUGCCUCGUCUCAAAACUUAGCUAUCUAGGUCAUAAUAUAUUAUAAAAGUUGAUGAUGGCAUUUAAAGCUUUCAAGCUAAACAUUUUAGCAAAUGGAGUUAGUCUGUGUUUGCUCAUAUCAGUUGAUGCAGUAUUAAGCUUAUUCAUGUAUCAUAUUAUGAUACAAUCCUUCGUCAAGUUUACACAUCUUAAAGUUUUUCAGUGAUAUUGAAUGUGGAAUUGUUUCUGUUGUCUAUCUUCAUACUUUAAUCAUGAUUAAUAACUUUUAGUUAAUAUAGUUGUAGUCACUGUGCAGACAGUUUGUAUUUUUCAGUGAACAUGUAUUAUAAAUUGACUUAUUAUACAUUGUUAAACAUACAGUACAUUAAAUUUGUUAUAUAACAAACAUAUUGCAUUCAAUUUGAAUGGAGACUUUUAUCAAGAUAUACUAACAUUUAUUCCGAAUAAGAUGUUAAAAAUAAAAAAAUAUAAAACUUUAAUGGUAAGAUAAACCUUGGGUUUAUCUUUCCAUUGCAAUACAUCAUGUUGCUAAAUAGAUAAAUUAACUAUCAGUACUGUAUCUGUUUGAAUACAAAAUGCAUCACACAAUACAGUAGUCUGCCGAUGGCUCAUUGUGUUCACAUUGAACUUAUAAAAGUUAAGCUGAAUUUUCUCUUUCAUGAAGGGGAUAAAUGAGAAGAUAGGCAUGCAUGUACACAGUAUUGAUUUAAAAUCAUAUGAUCUACAUAAUUGAGCCAAGACAUGCAAUUAAUAUGAAAACUUUCUGCCUUAUUCAUAAAAUUUAUUCAGAUUACUUAUUGUGUAUAUGCCUUACACAGGAAUAAGUGCAACAUAUCCUUCAAAAAUGAUAAACCUGUAGCACUGUGGAGUACAUGUACUGUACUAAAUGUUGACUGUGGCACAUGAAAAUUAUACAUUUUGUACUAUUGAUAUAUAUAUUGUAAAUGACCUGAGAAAGACGGUAAUAACCUAGUCUCUCUUAGGUUUUGUAAAGUGCAUACAGUAUAUCUACUACAUUAGGCCUAAGAUUGUAUAUACUGUAUUAGGCCUAGUAUUGGUUAUGCUUGGCCUAGUAUGGCUUAUAUUUUGCCAAAGACAGCUUAUGCUAGGUUACUGGUUAAAUUGUUGAAUUUUAUUGGGUUCCCAUUAGAAUAUAAAUGUAGUAGUACAAAAUGUGAACUGUUUGGUAUAGUCUGCACAGUUGCUAUAUGUCAUUAAUAUCAUUUGUAAUAGAAUACACGUGAUGCCUGAGUACCUCGGUGGCAUGACAUAGAGGACUGACAUGCACCGGUGCCCACCCAACCACUCAACCUCCCACAGUAAUAGCUCAUUAAAUAUAAACAUUGAAAUAUUAAGGUAUCAGCUGGUUGGCAAAAAUACUUUCCAUUGUUGCUAAGUUCAAGAAAGGAACCCAAAAAUAGCCUUACUUGUAUUCAUAUUAUUCUAUUUACCUGUGUAUGUAUCACGUUGCCUUUAUCUGCGGUCAAAAGUUUUUGGAAAAUGCAGAGUCUUCCUCAAGAAUUUAGGAAUUCAAAAGAUUGUUUGCUGAUAAAUAUUCCAGAAAUAUUUGCUGAUAAACUUGUAUAUUAAAUUGGAUUUAAUUCAAAUGAACAAGUAAUUGCUGCAUGCUGCUGCCAAAGCUGUAAAUGUAUGAGAACGCUGUACUUUACUUAGUAGUUAAAUAUUACAUAACUACAAAAACAAAAAAUGAAAUACUGGUAAUAUAAAAAUUAGGUAAAGGAAAAUUAUCCAUGUGAGAACUGGAAAUUGGUAAUUGUUAAGGAGUGCAUUGUGAGUGAGUGAGUGAUUCACCACUUGUGAGGUGAAGAACACUUUCAAUUAGCAAAAAAAAUAUUUCUGCAACAAAAUCUUUCAUGAGGCAAUUGAGGUCAUCCAAUCUUAUUUCAUUUAUGAAUUUUUAUGCUUUUAUAAAUGUAUCUUUAACUAAAUUUAAUAGUUGAGGUGUUACCUAAACUUAUUAAUGUCUUCUUAAUUAUUAUGCAUUAAUCGUCAGUUUUAAUGCCUCAGCAAAUUGACUGAAUGAAUAAUUACUGAGAGACAAUGGAAUAGAUACACAAUACAUGUCACAAUAUCCAUUAUACCAGAAAAUGUUUUCUGUCUAACACACAUUAUAUGUGUAGUAUACAUAUAAUUCUUUCAGCUAUAACUGAUGCAGCAGCUAGAGAAAGUUGGUUAAUGAAGAUUUUUUUUAAUAAUUUUCCAUCAACAGCAUCUUUUUUGUUUUUUGUUUUGUUUUUAGAUUAACCCAGUCAUGGUCUCGUUGCAUUAACUUCAUGACUGUUGUUGCAUAAUUGAUACUCUCACCACUUUUGUGGCUUGGGGUGUCUCUUAUCUUAUCAAUAUAUUGAUAGACAUAAAAGGAAUAAGAACUCUCUUUCCAUUACUGUUUGCACAAUAAGAUUUUGUAAAUACUGCUCCUUCUUUUAGGUUCAAAAUUUAAAGUGUAGUGUAAAUGUUAUGAAUAAGUCAAGUUCUGUUAUUCCUCGACCAUUCCUCAGCAUUUUG